AUGCCGAUCGCCGAAAAAAUAUUAAGGUUCGCCGAAAAAUCCGGGUGCCGCAAAGCCCUGUACAGUAUGCCUCUUGCUUUUUGCUGCAUAAACACAAUCAACAUAAAACGUGGGAAACUAAAUUUUCGGUCGUCCUUUUUUGCUUUCACUCCCAACAAAGUGUUAAAACCGUCGAAUAUUUUUACUUCAUUUGUUAUAAUGGCAAAUUUUAUUGAGGAUCCAUCAUACUUUGCUGAUCCAGAAAAGGUUUUCUUGAAAGUGUAUUUGUACGACAAGGAAGUCAUAUUUCUUCGCAUGACCAGAACGAUCACCAUGGCACGAAUGAUGAGAGUUGUCGAAAAAACAAUCGGAUGGCCUUUCAAUUCGUUAAAAUAUUAUUAUGAUGGAAUCCAGCUUCAAGACAAUGACACUCCAGUGUCGUUGUUCAUGGGCCAGUUUCAUGACAUCAUUGCCAAAGACGAAGAGUGA